GAUACACAUGCUCAUCUCUCAGCAUCAGCAGCACAGCUAUAUAACCUGAGCAUCCGCUGCACAGGCAACCAGAAUAUACGAGAAACGCUCAAACUGCUGGAAGGGUUAUGAGACUGUCAUAACGGGAAUUAUUGAAAAGGGACAUGACAAAAUCAUUCACAGAGAAUAGCAUGAUGCCAGAGUCCCAAAGCACUUCAAACUGGACUGAUGAAUGCCUAAGUUCCCAAGACGAGCAUGACAUGGAGAAGAACAACAGGGAGCAUGACAGGAUGAGCAAGGGAGAGGAUUAUGAAGAUGAUGAUGAAUUUAACAGACUAGAAGGCGACGAAGAUGAGGAAGAUGAGGAAGAAGAGGAAGGCGACGAUCAAAAACCUAAAAGGCGGGGACCCAAGAAAAAGAAAAUGACCAAAGCGAGACUGCAGAGGUUUAAAAUGAGACGCACAAAAGCCAAUACCCGGGAAAGAAACCGCAUGCAUGGGCUCAACGAUGCACUUGACAGCUUGCGUAAAGUUGUGCCAUGCUACUCAAAAACUCAAAAGUUAUCCAAGAUUGAAACCCUUAGGCUGGCAAAAAAUUAUAUCUGGGCUCUUUCUGAAACCCUACGAUCAGGCAAAAGCCCAGAUUUGAUGUCCUUCGUCCAGGCCCUCUGCAAAGGCUUGUCCCAGCCCACCACUAAUUUAGUAGCAGGCUGCCUUCAGCUGAACCCCAGAACCUUCCUUCCAGAGCAGAGCCAGGAAAUAUCCUCACAUAUGCAAACAGCAAGUUCUUCCUUCCCUGUUCAUCCAUACACAUAUCAUUCCCCUGGUCUUCCCAGUCCACCAUAUGGUACCAUGGACAGCUCCCACAUUUUUCAUGUUAAACCACAUUCAUAUGGAAGCGCCUUGGAGCCAUUUUUUGAAAGCACUCUUACAGACUGCGCUAGCCCUUCAUUCGAUGGACCCUUGAGCCCACCAUUAAGCGUUAAUGGAAACUUCUCCUUUAAACAUGAGCCUUCUUCAGAGUUUGAAAAGAAUUAUGCCUUUACCAUGCACUAUCCAGCAGCAAGUCUGGCGGGACCACAGGGUCAUGCUUCCCUUUACUCAAACACUGCACCUCGCUGUGAAAUCCCCAUUGACAACAUCAUGUCAUAUGAUGGGCAUUCCCACCACGAAAGAGUCAUGAGUGCCCAACUAAAUGCUAUUUUUCACGACUAACUAGACAAAAAGUCAAAAUGCAUUGCAGAAUCCAAUUAAAUAUACUCAAUUAAUGUCUUGAUUAAGGAGUCAAUGCAUUGGGUUGCUAUAUCACUGCAAAAUGCAAAUAUUACACACUUAAAAUAAUGUAUGUAUUUAUUGUUAUUACUGCCUUUAGGAGAAAUGAGGAUGCAAAUUCCUGUUCACCUUGUAUUAUACUCUAUAGCGCUUCUAUUUAAAAAAAAGCCACUCUAAGAAUUGCCGUGGCUCUAUUCAGAUUGUGUUAAUUAUCUGAUCCAUUUGACAAAAUCACAAGCAAUAAUUAGGAAUCUAUGCAAUUUUUAAAGUAAUAAUGGGCCAAUUUAAACUCUCUCUAUAUAUAUAUUUUUCAACCAACAUUUUACUACUUAUCUUUCCCAUACUGAAUUAUUUUGUACAGAAUUUUUAAUGAACUUUUAUAAGGUCGAUUUCAUAUUUUAAUCCAUAAAACCCCAUCAAUAUUUUAUAAAAAAAAAGAAAGAAAAAAGAAAAAAAUAGAAUUGUCUCUCUAUUUAAAAAAAGUAAUUUUAACAAUUUCACCAGAAGACAAGUGCUUAGACAUUUAUUCUGUUAUCUUAGCACUUCCUUAAGGAAUAAUCACGCAAGGUUGCACAAUCUUGACAAUUCUUUUGAUGAUAUUCAGAAGCAAAAUACUUGAGUAUACAAUAAAAACCUGACUUUUAAAAGCAUAUCAAGACGUUGCUUGACUAUCACAUAAAAUGUGCACUGUUUUUUUUUUCUUCUUAAUACUGAAUUUAGUAAUUCUUUUAAAAGUAGAGGAAGAUCUUGCCCGAUAUAUUUAACACAUUGAUUCUAUAAAUGUAUAAUCAAUGGCUUAUCACAUGGAGCCUGCAGUUGAUCAGGUUAUCAAUAUUCAGAUGUAUUUCUGUAGUAGGUAAUUAGUGCAGUAGGUACAAUUUUCACACUACUUAUUCCAUAAAUAUAGAUCAAUAGAUAUAUUGCAUGUACAAUGCAGUCCACAUAAUGUGAUGUUUGAAGUGUAUAAUGCUGGUUCAACUUGAAUCAAUUUGUACUGUAAUUUUAUUUGCAAUCUUGUAUAUUAUUAUGAUGUAUUGCCACAACACAUUGGGGAUUUAAAAUAUACAUCUCCGAACCACUUAUAUUCAAAUAGUAUUGAACAUUUGGUAACAUGUUGUAUUUCUCUAUUGUGAUUUUCUUAGUGUAUGUAAUUACUAUGGGAUUAUUGUUUUAUUUUGAUAGUUCAUAA